AUGAGUGCCGGGAACAUUUAUGCGCUCUACGCCUAUCGCCAACGCGAUUACCGCCUUUUGGGGUCUGCAAUCUACGUAGAUGCAAAACGCCAGGAGGUUUCUCUGUCAGUGUCCAAGCUUGUCGACUCCUUCAGAGAGAAAAAUACAGCAUUAACUGUGGCAAACUCCCGACUUUGUAUUAAAACGAAGGACGGCUUUUCUCUCCACCUUCUUUAUCGCGAAUUCGCGGUCGUCGGGGUCCCGCUGGGAAUAGUCUUCAUCGCAGCUGCAAGAGAAACACACAGAACGACACUCGUCAACAGCUUUCUCAACGACAUCACUUCCGACCUAGAUGGCAACAUGACAGCAAUAAAACUGGCAGAUUCACGUGAUGAGCCGGACACACUUUCCCGCGCACUUUUGUCAGCCAGCCAACUUCCUUUAAAGAAGUACGACCAGGUAGCAGGAGAUAUGCUUGGUCAAAUUCAGAGUGACAUGGCUUCUAUUCGCGACAAUGCGGCACGGAACAUAGACAAGCUCAGGGUCAACACGGACACGCUCAACACCAUAGAGCAGAACGCAGGACAGCUUGCCACCAGUGCAGACGCCUUUAAGUCGGAAGCAAAACGCGUGGAGAAGGCAGCAAAGUGCCGCAAGAUUAAGAUGUACGCGAUCAUAGCCGCGAUUAUACUGGUCAUUCUCCUCAUAAUCAUCGUUCCCAUCGCGAUCAAGUUUUCUUAA